AUGCGGGGGGGAGCGGAGGAGGAAGAGAGGGGGUCAGUGAAGGGGGCAGCAACGAGGGGGCUGUCAGUGAGGGGGGGUCGCUCAGGCUCUGCACCUGCUCGUGAAAACUGGACAGCGGCGCGAGCGUCUGGACAAAGAAUCCUCUUCACAGGACCAGACGGCAUUGGAGAUUACCGGGCAAGGCUGAGUGAUUUCACCCGGGGCAUUGGAGUGGGCCCCUUAUCUCCCGAAGCUACGGGUGAUUUAACCUACCUGUAUCGAGCUGCGCCACACAUGCCCGCACCCCUGCCCAAGCAGUGCUACGCUGGCGGAGUGGGGUGGGCUGUGCAUUACGGCAGCGCACUGAACAGCACCACUCUGCUCAGCAACAAGCAGAUCAAGCUAGCAGGAUUUCGCUCAGCCUUAGAACACAGGAUAACUCACAGAUAUCAAAACCCAUGGCAAGCACCGCCAUGCUUUUUGGACAGGCAGCAGGCCGGGGCCCGCGGGAGGCUCGCGUGGAACCAGAACAUCUAUGAGAACUACUGCCAGGACAACAACAAAACCUUCCUACUGAGUAAGAUACCAACCCAGUGGCUAAAGUACCCAAAAACUACCCAACAAGGUCCUUGGGAAGUGAAAUCAGGACGCGAAUGUGAAAUUGGGCUUUACACUGGCAUCUGUUAGCUGACCUAACAGAACUGGCACUUUCCCCAAGCGUGGUGAGCUGUCUAAUGAUGUUGUGCUAGUGGCAGUGGGAUGGUGCUUCACGUGUCUCAAAGGAAGCAUGUGCUAACUUUCACCCUCCCUGUAAGGUAGUAUUGUGUUAUAGGGAAACCUAGCUAGCGGGUGGAAUUGGUCAUGUUUAAAUUGGGGAAAGAACUGGCAGGUGGAGUUUUAAAGAAGCAGUGUUGUGCAGUAAUGUCUAAUGCUUGUCUUCUCCCCAUGAUAGAGACGUACGGCUCCGAGGGAAAAGGAUGGGGAAACUCAUCUGAGCGCUGUCACUUUCCCAGCAA